AUGCGACUAAUUUUAGUAUUUAUUUUAGCUUUAAACUUAGCUUCCGGUUAUGGGAAAAUAAUAAACAAAUUAAAAAAUGAAAGUGUAAAUCCGAAUGAAUCCUUCCCAAAAUUUAUAAAUGAAGUUGGUGAACAACCUAUAAAAUUCUAUGUAUACUCCCGUGAAAAUAAAGAAAUACCCGAAAUCGUGGAAUCCAAUGUCGAAUCAAUCAUAAGAAAUGUGUACAAUCCUCUGAAACCAACUGUUUUCUCGAUACAUGGUUGGUUAAGCCACAAGGACUCAGAUGAAAAUAAAAUAAUUGUUUCAACAAAACUUGAGCAAGAAGAUUGCAAUGUGAUUGUUGUGGACUACAGCUCAGCGUUGGGGCCAAUUGCAGUUGACGACCGUGCACCAUAUAUAGGUAGCAUAAUUGCAGACUUCAUCAUGGUGUUGCACACGUACUUUGAUGUGAAGCUAUCACAAAUUCAUUUAGUUGGUUUUAGUAUGGGUGCACAAGCUGCUGGUUUUGCUGGCCAAUAUAUUUAUAAAUUUACCGGUGAUAAAGUGUCGAAAAUAACUGCUUUGGAUCCAGCUGGAGGUACAUUCAAUACUGCUUCUGAAGAUGAACGCCUAUCACCAGAUGAUGCACAUUUUGUUGAAGUCGUACACACUAAUGGUGGUGUAUUUGCUUACUACGCACCUUGUGGUCAUGCUGAUUACUAUCCAAAUGGUGGUAAAGUGCAACCUGGUUGCGGUGUGCUAAAUACGGUAUGCUCCCACCAACGCUCCUAUAGGUUAGUCGCUGAAAUGUGGUCAAUUAAAAAUGAAUAUGUUGUUACGAAAUGUGCAUCAACUGAUGAAAUGAGUUUGAAAGAGUGCUCUUGGGUUAAUGUAAAUAUGGGCAAAAAUUACGAACGCACUGGAAUUUAUUACUUAGAAACAAAUAAUGCUGCUCCUUAUGGUAAGGGUAGUUUCGUCUCAACAUUUUUUUAA